GCCGAAACGAAAACACAACCAUGUGCAACGGUUAAUAGCAAUGAAAGUUGAAAGUUUUAGUUUAGUCAACAUACACAAACUGAAACACGCAACUGAAAACAUCGAAUUCGAUUAAGAUGUCUCAGCGACACAGCGCAGAAUCCACCUCAUCAUCGGAGAUGUCGCACUACCAGGCGUUAAAUGUUGCACCCGAUGCAACACUGGAGGAAAUUCGCCGUUCGUAUCAAUCGUUGGCUCUUCGAUUCCAUCCGGAUAAAGUGAGCCGAGCUCAACCAAAGGACGUUGAAAGUGACGAAGAUAACGAUGACGAUCGAGGAAAUCGUUUCAUUCGGAUCGACGAAGCAUGGAAGGUGCUGAGGGAUGAGGAGGCCCGACGGGUGUACGAUGCUGAACUGAUGCAACGGACCUGUCGGGAAGAGUACUUUGUGAACGAGGUGCUGCGGAGGGCGGAUUUUAGACACGAGAAGGAAGAGGAUUACUACUAUCACACGUGCCGGUGUGGGGGGCUAUAUGUGCUACCGGAAGGGUUGGGUGGUGAUGAGAGUUGCUACAUUGGUUGUGAUGAAUGUUCACUGGUGGUUCAGGUGAAUGCCAAAUGA